AUGCCCUUUUUCAAUAACUGUUUUCAAAAUGUCUUUGCAAAGGAUUCCGAACCCGCCAAACCCAAGGUUCGGUUUUUACUUCCAGGGGAGUCAUCAGGCUCACCAAUCUUAGAACCCAGCUCAGUCUAUAGGGACUCCAGGUAUCUAAGAAAAGCUGGAACUGAAACUUAUGGCGAGAUUUUUCAGAAUAAGCUGGAUUACACAGAGCCAUCAACGGGAAUACCAUUAAUUAGAAGGCGCGCUUUAGAAGCUGAGAAUGCAAAGCAGCCACCAAAGAACAGCCCUCCGCAUUUCUCUCCACCAAAGUCGAUCUUUGUACGCAUUGCGGAGGAUCCACGUGUUUUUCCCGAUGAUUUUAUGGAUAUGCUGGAUGGCACAGAAGUAUCAGUUGCGUCAGAAUCAGUUGUUUUGCAAAAUGCAGAGUCAAGUUUGAUCUAUGAUAAACUUAGAGGUCCAGUAAAUAUUGGAAUUGAUUUUUCCUCCGAGAGUCGCCAGACAAGGAGGGAGGAUAUAAUUACGGAAUCUGACACAGUAACAAUCCUGAGGAGUGCUUCACAAGUAGAGGAGGCAUCCAAUAACAGCUUCACCUCGCCCUAUGACAGUCCAAGCCAACUUCAAUUUCAUGUUGCUAAUGAAACCACAGAUGGAAACGCGGAUGUACCAUGUACAUCUGCCUUAUCAGAAUUUGAGUCUAGCUCGGUGUAUGAUGAUGAAAUCAUUCCGAGAGAGGCUCCAUAUCAUGUUGCUAUUAAAACCACAGAUGGAAACGCGGAUGUACCAUGUACAUCUGCCUUAUCAGAAUUUGAGUCUAGCUCGGUGUAUGAUGAUGAAAUCAUUCCGAGAGAGGCUCCAUAUCAUGUUGCUAUUAAAACCACAGAUGGAAACGCGGAUGUACCAUGUACAUCUGCCUUAUCAGAAUUUGAGUCUAGCUCGGUGUAUGAUGAUGAAAUCAUUCCGAGAGAGACUCCAUAUCAUGUUGCUAUUAAAACCACAGAUGGAAACGCGGAUGUACCAUGUACAUCUGCCUUAUCAGAAUUUGAGUCUAGCUCGGUGUAUGAUGAUGAAAUCAUUCCGAGAGAGGCUCCAUAUCAUGUUGCUAUUGAAACCAUAGAUGGAAACGCGGAUGUACCGUAUACAUCUGUUAUACCAGAAUUAGAGUCUAGCUCGCCCUAUGACGUUCCAAGCGCAUUUCCAUUUCAUGUUGCUAUUGAAACCAUAGAUGGAAACGCGGAUAUACCGUAUACAUCUGUCUUACUGGUAUCAGCCCCCUUGUCAGAUGCUGUGAGCUCAGUUGAAAGAACCAAUUGGAAUAACCAAAACUCAGAGGACUGCGAUUUUGUUUCUGUGGAUAUUAGGAUUCCAGAGGAAAACGAUUCCUGUAUGAAUCAAUUAAAGGAGCCUAAAAAGAGUAGGAUACCACUGUUCAAAUUGUUUGCACGGCUCAAGAAGAGCAGAAAGACUCUGUUUAAACCGUUUUCAUGGUUCAAGAAGAGCAAAACGACUCUGUUCAAACCGUUUGCAUGGCUAAAGAAACGGGCAGAAAAGAAGGAGUUAAUAGAAAAAGUUGUUUUGGCUGAAACUGCUGACUCACACAUUUAUUCUGAACUUGGCAGAUCCUGCGACAAAAUGGCGCCUUUGUCGUAUGAUCUUGUACGGGGGACGAAAAAUGUCGAGGACGCAUAUGCACUAGGGGUAUCAACAAGGCACAGCGGGAUCAUAUAA